UCGGGGUGAUUUUGCAGAACCGCAGCUCCGCGGGGCCAUCGCGCGGCUCCGGGGCGGCCACGGGCACUUCCUGCACAUGGGCCCGGACGGGCGGCUGGACGGCACCUGCGAGGAGGCGGGGCCGGGCACGCUGUUUAACCUGAUCCCGGUCGGGCUCCGCGUCGUCGCCAUCCAGGGCACGCGCGCCGGGCGUUACGUGGCCAUGAACGGGGCCGGCGUCGUCUACGCCUCCGUGCACUUCACGCCCGAGUGCCGCUUCAAGGAGUGCGUGUUCGAGAAUUACCACGUGCUCUACGCCUCGGCCCUGUACCGGCAGCGCCGCUCGGGCCGCGCGUGGUACCUGGGGCUGGACCGGCACGGGCGCCCCAUGGCGGGGCCACGGGUCAGGAAGGACAAGGCAGCGGCGCAUUUCCUGCCCCAGCUGCUCGAGGUGGCGCUGUACCGGGAGCCGUCCCUGCACGAGGUCGAGGAGCCCCCGGGGACCCCUCCCCCACCGGAGACCCCGCCCCCUCCGCCCGGGACCCCGCCCCCUCCGCCCGGUGACCUCUGACCUCUGGGAGCCGUGACCUCGGCGACCUCUGUGACCUCUGACCUCGGAGCCUGAACGGACGCCUGCACUGAGACCCCCGGGGGGGCAAAAAAACGGCAAAAAAACCCCAAAAAAACCCCAAAAAUCUGCAAAGGAAAUCCCGAAAAUUCACCGAGAAAACGCCAAAAAUCCGCGGAAAAAAUGAAAAAAAUUCCCUGCGGAAAAAAAGCCAGGAAUCCAAGAAGAUAAUCCCAGAAAUCCACGGAAAAAUAACAAAAAAUCCUCUGGAAAAAAAUCACAAAAAUCCACGAAGAAAACCCAAAAAAUCUCGGGGAAAAAAAAAAAGAAAAAAUCUCUCUGGAAAAAGACCAAAAAUCCAAGAAGGAAAUCCCAAAAAUCCAUUGAAAAAAACCACCAAAAAUCCACGGAAAAAACCCCAAAAUCUCUCUUGAAAAAUCCCAAAAUUACAUGGAGAAGAUCCCAAAUAUUCCUCCUGAGAAACUCAAAAUAUUCCUCCCAAAAAACCCCCCAAAAUACCCGAAAAAACCCCAAAUAUCCUUUGCGAAAAAUCCCAAAAAUCCCCGAAAAAAACCCCCAAAAAAAUCCCCCAAAACAUCCCCAAAAAUGCCCCCCAAACCCCUGCACUGAGACCCCCUGGGGGACCCCAAAAUCCCCCAAAAAUCCCCAAAAUUUUCCCAAAAUUCCCAAAAUUUCCCCCCUGGCCAUGUGGGGACCCGAGCCCCCCCACAAGCCACGCCCCAUUCCCAUGACCACGCCCCCUCACUCAAAGCCACGCCCCUUUUCUACGACCCCACACUGUGCAAGCCCCGCCCCCUCAGAGCAAUAAAGCCCCGCCCCUCUCGGCGAGGCCACGCCCCCUUCCCCUGUGCAUGAUUGACACCUCCGCGCGCGGCCUGGCCCCGCCCCCUCAAUAAAAACCAG